AUGAGGGACAUUCUGAGCAUCGGCGGGGAACCCGUCUUCGACGAUCGCAUCGUGAAGAUCGAUAGUCACACGUACAAUCCGUACGCCAACACCACUUUCGGAUACAGCGACGAGAUACGAAUACCCAUACAACAGCAGGACCUGUACACGCUGCCGUGCGAGAGUUUUCUCUGCGUCGAAGGUAGACUGCAUACGAAGAAUAAUACGCUGCCCGCGUCGAGCGGCGAUUCGGGGAUACGUUACGAGCUCGAUGGCGUGGAGAUCGAUCGUAAUCGCAACGUCGGAAUAACUAGCACGAUCAAGAACUACGCCUCGCUGACGGCCGAACGAGGCAAGAUCUUGAAGAACGCCGGAUGGGAUCUCGCGACUGGACCGAGCGGCGUCGCGUCGACGGGCGACAUCAACUUUUGCGUUCCUCUCGAUACGCUGCUAGGUUUCUGCGAGGAUUAUAGGCGCGUCGUCAUCAACGCGCGUCACGAGCUGAUUCUGAUAAGAGCGCGAAACGACAACAAUUGUCUGAUAUCGCGUGAGGAAUUCGAGCCAAGAGUCGAGCUCGCGAAGAUACAGUGGUGCGUGCCGACACGUGGUGCGUGCCGACAUGUGGUGUUGAAUGACGUCAAUAAAUUAUCGCUGUUGCGCACGUUGGACAGCGGUAGAUAUCUGAGCGCGCCCUUUCGCUCGUGGGAUCUCUACGAGUUUCCGCUCCUGCAGAGCACGACCAAACACUCGUGGGCCGUAAAAGCGGCCACGCAGCUCGAGAAACCGCGUUACGUCAUCUUCGCGUUGCAGACCGGAAGGAAGAACGUCCUGUCGCAGGACGCUUCCAGAUUCGACGCGUGCAAUCUGACCAACGUAAAGUUGUAUCUCAAUUCCGACUUCUAUCCGUACGACGAUAUGAAUUUGGACUUCGAUAAGAACAAGAUCGCCGUACUGUACGACGCCUACGCGAGAUUUCGACGAACGUAUUACGGAUCCGCGAGCGACGAGACGCUCCUAACUAUGAACAAAUUUCUAUACUGCGGCCCGCUCGUGGUGAUAGAUUGUUCCCGCCAAAACGAAGCGGUUAAGAGCGCCACUGUGGACGUUCGUCUGCAGAAUUUGACUGCAAGGACAACGUUCCUUCUAACACCACGGCGUACUGCCUAA